AUGACCUCUAAAGCCAGAAACCCAGUGGUCCUCCCCACAAGACCAUCUCCACCCACAGCAGAACAGAUCCUGGAGAAUUUCCACAGUGCUCUGCCCUAUGGUCCAGUUUUCACCUCCUUUGCCCCACAAGCCCUGGAAGAGCUUCCUGCCAUUCAGGAGAAUGAGGACCCAGAGGCAGAAAGGGAACAUCAGUACCAACAGAGUCACUCCUAUGUGGCCCUGAGCCAUCAGCUCCAGCUGGCCUGUGGCCUGCUAAAAGAGAAGUGUGAGGAACUGUGGCAGUCUGGGGACAGCCUUGAGCAAGACAUCUUAGAUAUGAAGCAGAAGAACCUCUCUGGUGCACAGGGUUCCAGCUGUGUUCCUGGUGUGGGUUUCUCAGGCUGA